CAAAAGAAUUGGCCUUGCCAUUCCAAUACUUUCGGAGGGGACUGAAUAUGUGUAUUUCCAUGAAGCUACAAUUUCUAUUGUUGCUCUAUACAAACAAAAUUGAAUUUAUAUUAAGGAGCAGAAAACAAAUGCAGAAAUGCUAUAAAAAUGCAAAUAGCAGGUCAUUUUUCCAGUGUCAAACUGGAAGCCAAAGCCAAAGUGAGGUACACAAGUUUUUUUUUUUUUUUGUUCACAUACCCCUUGGCAACAUGUGUAUGCAAUUUGGGACAGAAACAUAAAAGCAUUCAGAUUAUGCGCAUGAUUUUGACAUUGUCCCUUUAGGCGUAUCUAAAUGUACCAAAACCUAUUAAAACAUAUUCAAAUUGAACAAAUGUGCAUAUCACUUCUGAUCAUAUACAACUAGUUGACAUUUCUACAAAAAUACUGCUCGUACAUAUACAUCAGCAGUAUGGGGGGGAUUCCCUACAGCUGUGUGAGCUGUGUGAGCUGUGUGAGCUGUGUGCACCUGUUACUUUCCAAAGAGCACAAAGCAAAGGCACAACUCAGUCUAUUGGGGUGCUGAUACGUAAGACACUAAAACACAGAAAAUAAUUAGAAUUUUUUUUUCAGUGGACUGACCUUAGAUUUUUACACCAGAGCCCCAUUACCAGAACUAUUACACAAUAAAGUACUUAGCCGUAUGACGCAGGAGUGAUGGUCAGAGUGUCAACAGCUGAUGAUGAAUCUACAGGAAACACUGUGAAGGCUCUUUGUUUUCCUCCCUGAAAUGAGAAAAAGCAUAAGUGUCUAGUUCAGCCAUGACACUCUAUCCAUCUGCUCCGUCAACACCAGUGCAGCAGCCUAUCGGCCACGCUUCUGCAUCUACGUAACCAUUUAUUAUCCUGACUAUCUCGCCAGCUACGGCCUCUGUGCGCUCUGUGAGAUUGCGCAUCCUUCUCUCCUCCUCCCCAGCACCACUGUACAGAUCUGCUACAGGGGGAUUCCUCCUUCUAUACCCUUUGCAGCAGCAGCAUGGUUCUCUACUUCUCUACACCUGUGCAUGUCUAACAAAGCAAGUAUUCGCAUUCGCUCAGCAGAAGCAGCAGCAGCGUAGCAGAUCUAGUCCGCCAAGGCCAAACUUACUUACAUUCUGUUCCUAUCAAUAAAAUCUGAUAACCUCAUUCCGAGAGUUGUCAUGACUGAAAUAAACGAAAUCAAUGGUUUUAAAAAUGUCAGUGUCUGUUAAACGUGAAAAAAUAACGUCAAAAAAUGUCAGUUGGGUCAAGUGCAUUUUUAUAAACUAAAAAAGAAAAUCUUUGGCAUAACUGUACUGCUCAUGUAUUAUGAUGACCAACACAUGGGUGCCAUUGUUAGAUUAUAAAAAGCCAGUGAUUACAGUUUUGUAUUUUGUGUGUCAGUUCCAAACAGACUGUAUUUCAUCCCAGAAAUAUCCAGAUAAAUUUUCUCCUGUCAUGACCAGAGCCUAUAAAAAAUCUAAAUAGGAUCCUUUCAUUGGCUGUAAUGCGAGUUACAGGAGACAAAACAUAUCUAAAUUAUCAUCCUUUACAUGACUAAUAACGAUGGCAGAAAAAUGAUCUAUAUGCCAAACAGAACCAGGAGCCAGAAAAGUCCACACUUUUUUUAAACAUAAAUUUUCAUUCAUUCCUCUUCAGUAACCACAUUAUCCUGGUUAGGGUUGUGGCACCAUGCACACUCACACUCAAUUCUUCUCCAGGAACAAUUUAUAGCAGCCAAUCCACUUACUGGCAUGCUUUUAAGAGGUGGAAGGAACCCAGAGGAAACUCGUGCAGAUAGAGGGAGAACAUGCAGAGAGAGAGAGGAGAACUCAUACAGUCAGUAACCCGAGCUCAGGAUCCAAUAGGCGACCGUAAUGCUGUGAGGUGGCAACACUAUCAGCUGCACCAUCCAGCUGCCUAACAAAUUUACUUGACAGAAUUUUGACAGAAAGCGCCAGUAACUGACAUUCACUCGUCAGCCUGAUGUUUCACUGGAAAAAAGGAGAUCUCUCACACUUAUAGAACAGAGCAGUGACACUGUAAAGGCAGCACUGAGUCCAUUCCCCUGGAGGAAUGACUGCAGACAAACUGAGAACUCGUCCCCUGUAAUAACUUGCCAGGGAAGAUGGUCUCAAAGUCUUUGUAGGAGAAUGGAGAAAAUAAUUAGUUCUCACAAUAAACACAUACCUAUGAUACUUUGUAAAUGGAUUUGCUCACAUAAAAAGUCAUUUAUUCACAAGAAUUUACUGAAAUUCCCAGCUAGCAUUCCAGCCCUUCAUGAAAUGAAGCAUCUUCUGCUGAGUCAGCAGUGGUUGCCUCAGAGCCAUGCUCACCUUCCAUCUCAGUGUCAGUUUAUGCUUGGUACUCUUUCUGUAGUGCUGAAAUGCUCUGAAAUCAUGAGUAUCCACCCCUCAGGCUGUGAUUUGUGUAACAUGAGUGAUGAAAAAAAGCUUUAAUUAUGUGGCAAAUAAGGACCAUUGACUAAAACGUACUAUGGAAUCUGGUAUUUUUGACUUUCUACAAAGAUAUGAUUUUAAAAAAUACUUCAUAUUUUGCAAUAUCUGUCAUCUUUGGUAUUAGCCUCUCAGAAUUUUUUUUUUUUAAAACUGGAAAUAAACAGAAAGUUUUAGAAUUUCGAAAAUUCUAAAACAAAAAAAAAAAAGGAAAUGUACAACAUCUUGACUAUUCACUAUUCAAGAUGUUGCACAAUUUCUAGGUCACUGUUCCAGUGCAAGCAAAUUUGUGAUAUUGACCAUUUUAACUCCUUUGUACAAAAGGUCAGAUAUUCUGUGAAUCUUAUCCCUUACAUCGAAGCAUGUGUUCAGACGACACUCUUAUGGAUUUGCUCUAACAUGGAUCGUCAGGUUUUACACAAACUUACACAAGCUCGAGUGCACACACUCAUUAAAGCAAAAAAAGGGGGAUGUACUAAAUACUAAAAUUCUGAAAUUCAUGUAAAUAUUUCUAGGAUUCUACUUUUCACUCAAGUUAUUGCUGAUAAUAUCAUUUGUAAUGAAAAGCUUUGUGUUAAGUUGAAAAAGAAUGCAAACAGAAGAAGUUAAAAGAAUGCCAAACAGAAGAAGUUAAAAGAAUGCCAAACAGAAGAAGUUAAAAGAAUGCCAAACAGAAGAAGCUAAAAGAAGGCCGAACAGAAGCAUUUUCAUUAGUGCUCUCAGACUUUUGGACCCCACUGUACAUAUGCAUAGCAUGCUGUAAAAUGAGAGACAGAUCAAACUCAAUUGGGGAUUUUUAGCUAAUAGUUGCACAUAAAGUGAGUGAAACUUUGUAUGAAGAGACUGAAACUAUUGUUUAAAGCAAUUAAAUAAAGAUUUUGAGGAUAACAUCAAUAUUUUCUUAGUAUUAAACAAAAAAAAAAUGGUCUAAUUCAAAACUGGACACCUGUGUCUAAACAACUAGGAAGUGAUUGUGAAGAAACUACUUUGAUUGAAUGUGCAACAUCCUUGCUCUCACAUGAUAAAAACAGAUGUUAAAAUAUUUUCAAUUCAUUUUAGAACAUUAUGGUGGACAAUCUAUAGCCAUCUCUAUACAAAAACAAAUCCUAGGAGGAGCAUUCUUUCUACAUGUCUAUUAAUAUUAAUUAAAACCAAGCGUUAAUGUGGUUUUACAAAUGCAAAGUUUUGCAUUGCCUUGUUUUGCAUUUUUGAGUUUCAGAGUGAUUGCUCAGCAAAUCAGAGCUAAAAAAGGAAAUAUUUAUAAUUAUAUACAAUUACAGAGAGUCCAUGUCUGAGACAUGACUGGAAAUUUGGAGUUAAUUGACAGUGUCUAAGGAAAAGAGAACUAACCAGAUAUUCAUAAACAGAUGAGGGAAUAACACAGGAGGAAAUAGUGUAUAAACUGAAUAUUUGAAGUUUGCUUUUAUAAUUAAAAUAUUUUGACAGACAGAGAAUAUGUUUGAAAUGUGCACUUUGGCAUGUACAGUCUUUAUCACCUCACUUUAGUUGGUAUUACAUGCUGAUUUGUAUGGUAUUGGACCAUUUUUCACACUUUGCUCACAUUUAUUUCUAAUAUUGUUCUAUUCUGUGCUAUACAUGAACCUGUUCAGCUUUUAAUAUUUUAUCUUGAAAACUGUAACAGAAUCGAGUAUAAAAGUCAUGUUUACCAACAUCUUGUACAUAUAAAAAAGUGUAUAAACAGGUCCGUGAGUUGGAUUCCGAGGCAAUUUAUACUUUUUCUGAUAUAUUUAUAGCAUUAGUUGUACACAACUAAAGCUUUCUUCUUCUUCUUCUUCUUCUUCUUCACAUUGCACUUCCUCCUGUAUCAUUAUGGACGAUGAAUGAUAUAUGGACCAGUCUCCCCAGCUGCUUGUCUGUAUAAGUAGAUACACGUGAGUCCAUUCACACUGAAAUGAUGUAUAGAGCGCUGGAGUCUGGACCCUCGCUACUAACUCCACAGUUCAACCGGAAAAUAACGUUGUCACCUUUCAUACAUAAAUUUUAAAGUGGUAGUCCUCUGAAAGACAGUCUGAGAAAGCCAAACAAAGGAACAGAAUGAAAUAGUUCAACUGGGAAUUGGGAAGCCUAAUGAGAAAUUUCUCUGUUCCAUACGUCAGCUGUCCAUCAAGUGUGCUUUUCAAGUGUGUGGACAGCUUCAGAAUUUUUGGCACCCUUCAGCACAAUGGGCAAAUUUGUGGCAAUGUUUUAAAAGGCAACAUCGAUGGUAAGAGUAACUAGGUUAAUUAAUGACAUUAGUGUUUAGCCAGUCUCUGGAUUUAACUCAUACUGUGGUCUGAACUGAAGAGGGCACAUGAUCAAGCUCUCUGAACCCUGAAUAACUGACAGGGGUGAUGAGAAUAAACUUUAUACCUUCUUGUGCACAUACAAUGAGAGUCUAUGAGAAGACCUUCCACUUUUUCCUUUCUUCUUCCUACUAGCCUAUUUUAUAGUUUUUUUUUCUUCUAUCUUUUGUGAUGUGUCUAUACAGCAACCUUGAGUGUUAGAAAGGCGCUGUGUAAAUGAAACACAUUAUUAGACUUCGUAAAAUGGCGUAAAUUCUGCUCAUGUGGAGGAGAUGAUUCUCUUAAAGUAGAAUGUCAAAGUAGGAAUGGGGCAUCCAGCCUGUCUGUAGGACGUGGUCAUAUCCACCACCCAGUGGGACAGCAGGGGAUGCUCUGAAAGCCCACCUUCACUGAAAGCUGCAAAGAAAAUUGACUGAUUCACAAAGUUGGAUGAUAUGAUCUUAUGCAGAAAGCCCGGAUUCAACCACAAGGUCAUCUGGCCACCAAAGCAUGGAAGGCAAGUUUAUCGCCAGGGCAUGCAAAUCCCCAAAACCUUUUACUGGACUGAUCUCUAGCAAAAAUGCAGAUCAACUUCCUUAUGUUCUAGACUGCCAGUAGUGGAGUAUUCCAAUUUUCUCAUUUCCUUGCAAAGUCAUUACUUCAUGACCUUGAUGAUAAUGUCCAGAGCACGAGCGUAAUGUAAUCUGUCCAUGGGUGAGCUGAAACCUGUCCAAAUUUAAAUAUAGGAAUAAAAUCUUUGAGCAUUGCAUGACCCUUCUAGUCCUAACACAUCGUCCAUCAGACACCAUGUUCUUAAAAUGCUCAGUUGCUGAGGCAGUAAGCAAAAAGCUGGUGCACAUCUUUGGCUUCCAAGAAAUUUAGUCUAUUCUUGCAUCAUGGAUCUAACCACUCGGUGUAGUGUGAACUAUAGGGGAAAUCCUAUCCAAGAGAAGAAAACACAUAGUCUAUUAUGUGGAAGGAAAACUGACUCCAACCCCAGAGCUGCGUAUUAGCAGAAAUCCAACUAAUUUGACAGACGCAGCAGUAAUCACCGCGUGGUAUGGCGAGGGAAAACCACUCAACCAUUCAAGCAGCACAUUAACCCGCUAGGCGGAAAUAGGAGGAGGUUUGUGUUAUAUUUGAAACGGGUGCAAUACAGAAAAAAAUGCACUCUGUUUGAAAUGUGUAGUGUUCCCUUACGUUUAAGGACAAAAUAUCACUAAUUGCUUGUGUUAAUCAUUUUAUAAUGUCAUUCUUUCUCAUUUCCAUAAAGGGUGUCAUUGAUUCUGGAGUUUACUGUAUAAAAAAACCCUUAAAUCAGAGAAGAAAGAGUGCAGUUGCAGAGGAGUGGUCCACGUGACUGAUGUUAUUUCGUUAUUACUAAGCUGAGAACAAAGAGAACAAAGCAAACAGCUCUCAAUACCCAAAGUGGCAUCUUACAGAUUUUGUAAUAAAACUUUAGAGAUAUUAAUAAUAUAUAGUGCAGCACAGUACAAAACAAUAUUAGAGAAAAGAUUAACAGAAGUGUGAAGGACAUUCCAAUAAUAUAAUAUUAAUCAGUACAGAAAAGCACCUGAGGUGAAAAAGACUGUAGCAGGUAGAGAUUUGCUCGGAAAGGGUAACAUUAAGAACAAACAGUCUUAGAACUAAUCUUUACGUUCAUAAUGAAGACAAUUCCUCCGGGCUUCUUUGGAUCAUUAAGAGCUCUUAACUUCUUAAAGGGGUUCUACUUGGAAUGCUCAUUGAAAGGGAAAUUCACUGUUGUAGGGUUCUAGAGAGGACCAUUAAGGUUUAUUCCAAAGGGACAAGCUAAAAGCCCUUAGGGGAUCUAAAGUUAAUCAUUUUAUAAGACAUAAGUUUAUAAGAAAUCUGAUGGCGUGAUUGCAUAGUUCAAUAUUUAUACAACAUUGGUGGUACUAUAGUGCAGCAUGUAGCGUUGCCAUCUUACAGGAUUACUGAACUUUUGUUACUAUCUAUGUAGAGUUUCACAUUCUCCCCAUGUCUGUUUCCUCCAGGUUCCUCCCAUGUCCCAAAAAAAGCUGAUAGGUGGAUUGGCUACACUAAAUUGCCCCUAGGUGUGAAUGUGUGUGAAUGUGUGUGAAUGCGUGGGUGCAUAUAGUGCCCUGUGAUUAAAAUGAAUACUUACAUGAAAUUGCAUACACAUACAAACACAAACCAACAUUCACCCACACAUCUGACCCAGUACAAGCACCCAAACAACCAAGAACUGACCUCACAAGCUGCUUUUUUAUCUCACACUCAGGAAAGUCAGUGUGUUUUUACUCUCGACUCAGUGUUUAACGUGUUGUGCUCAUUAAGAGCGGGUACACAGACUACUGAUAUGACAGCAUUGGCCCCUGGAGCAAAACAAUCAUCUCUCCUUCUGUCACACAGACUGAACAGAUAUGAAAAGCAAUCACUCCCCUACACAGCUCUGAGAUGUCCAGUGUCACCUUUUUAAUUAUUCAUAACCCUUAGCUAGGCUGUUAGAACAGUCAGCAGGCAGCACACUGUUUCUCGCUGACGCUCGCUCUUACUCGAUCUUUCUCUUUCUUCAGGCUCUGAUCCCCUCCUCCCUGUGUCUCUCACUAUUUUCCUCUCUCUCUUCUGUUUUGACUGACUUCACUCUGGAGCAAAUGGAACCCCCAAGCCUGCUGGAGAUAUUCAGGCUAUUUACAUUUUUAUUGAUUUUUAAAAGUACAUUUAACAAGCCAUAUUAUUUCCUCAGUUUUUAACUUCUCAGAUGAGAACCACUCUUUUUCUUUCUCAUUCCUUUUCUUGUUUACUUUGAGUGAAGUGUGUGAGGAUUUGUUCAGAACUUGCUUUUUUUAGAUCAAAGUGGAAACUGUGUCUGUCUUAUGUAAUUAAGACUGCACAUUAAAGCAAACAAACCUCUGUGCAUUCUAUCUGAAGACCCACUGGAGCUUGGAGUGGUUCAUAAUUAAUGGAGCGCAAAUGCACGCUGUUCAACACUCCGCACGGUGCUCAGCAUAUUCCCAGCAUUCCCUGCUCCUACUGCCGGUGGCUGCAUUAUUCAGCAUCUCGCUCAUCUUAGCCAAACCUGAUGCCAGAUGUGGAAACCCUGGGCCAUUCCAAUUCUAAUCAGUGGGAGCCCAGGCGAGAGGAAGUCAGCUAAUCACUCUCCUGGGUCUUUAUGGCGCACUCAACCCAUGCUUUUAUGUUUAAUUGUUUGUCUCGUCAUUAACCUUACAGGGAGUGUUAUAUUUCCAGAUGGGGGUUGAUCAAGCUCCAAGCCUCUGUUUCAUGAGUCAUUUGAGUCAAGGAGGGACAUGCGAGGUGAUUGCUGCACACAGAUGCUGUAACAAAAACAAGAUUGAGGAGCGAUCACAGACCGUCAAGUGUUCCUGUUUACCAGGGAAAGUAGCAGGAACCACGAGGAAUAAACCCUCCUGCGUGGACGCCUCUAUAGUGGUGGGGAAAUGGUGGUGUGAGAUGGAACCGUGUCUGGAGGGAGAAGAGUGCAAAACUCUGCCAGACAACUCGGGCUGGAUGUGCUACUCUGGGAACAAGAUCAAAACCACCAGGAACACUCAUCCCUAUACAUCAUUGUAGCAGUAGGAGCAGUUCAAAGGAAUACAAGAGGACAACAGUAAAAUAAACAACUCCAAUGGAAGGAAGCUGGUGAACUUGAUGUUACAUUUCAUUCGGCUAUUUCAUUAUUCGACUUUCUCCCCAAUAAUGUGACCGUCAGCUGACUGAGGAAGUCUAUGGACAUUUUUUUCCUUCAUGAUUUGACCAUUGUUUCUGCUCAUUUUGGUUUGCGCUGUAAAUCCUUGGUAAUCUGAGACUUUACCUUGUAUGUUGCAGUUUGCCCAAAAUAUAGUCUUCAUUCAUGACAUUCCAGGCGAUCCGUGUUUCCAGAAUUGACUGAGCUAACAAACUCACCUACAGUGGAUGAUUUAUGGCAUGUCUUUACGGAAGAAAGAAGACUUUUCGUAAGAACGAGUGGGUAAAGCCUCAUCAGGUAUCAUUGAGGAGCUCACUGCAUUUCUCCUGCCACUAAAAUGGACUCUUAAGGACAUGUGUAACAUAAAACUGAUCCUAUAAUUGUUCACAGACUCAUCAUCAUUGCCUAACCACAGAUAACUGACCUCAUUAUGUGGUUAAGCAAAAUGUAAGGUGAAAUGGCAGACAUUAAUGGAAAAUAAUGUUUGAGUUGUGGUAAAUUAAACUGUAAUUCUGAAAGCACAGCUAAUGGUGAUUUAAAAGGCAAAAGCACAAUAAUGUAAAGUGUUUUGAAAAUAUGAAAUCAUUAUCCUCCAUGUGCUAGUGAAGCUCUAGUCCAGAUCUAGCUGAUUUUCCCUGUUUCUGGUUCAUUAAGCUAAUGAUAAAUUGAUAGAACAUCAUUGAGAGGACUCCAGUGUGAAAGCUCUAAGGCUUAUUAUCAAAGCCAACGAGGUCUGAUCGAAAUCUGCUGCUGCAUGCAGAUAUAAAAUAAAAUGGCAUUUAAAUACUCAGAGUCAGAUUUAUAUUCAGCUGUCUAGAGCUUUGCCUUCGUUAAACAGGUGGUAAAAUGUGAAAUGUUAAGAUGUCUUGUGCUCCGUGUUGGAGUCCCGAUGGUCCUGAAUGCUACUUCAGAGAAAAUCUAUUUGAAUAGAGGUAAUAGCCUUUUGAGAGCCUGAAUGAGCAAAAAAUAAUUCUCUCAAUUUUUUUGUGAGUAAAUUUACUUUUAUGUUAUGUUUUUUUUUUCUAGCCAACCACAUGGCACCAGUAAAUUUUCCAGUAAAAGUCAACAUACAACAUAAAAUCUGUGGGAGGAUGUGACCUGUAUAAGAUACAGUAUGCAUGAAAACAAAACCUGUAAAUGGUGAAAGUGUGAAGAAAAAAGUGUAAAGAGUCAAAUCUGGAAUGUUUCCAAUGCUCAAACUGUAAUUCAAGUUAAACAUCAAUAUUAUUGAUAAAUACUAAAAGUACAUUUCUAGGGGAAAAAAUGACAAUACAAUACAAUAUAAGUCAAAUCCGUCUUUUUCCUACUGUAUCCUUUUAGUCCUGAUUGUUAAAAAAUAAACUUGUAAAAUUCAAUAAAACCAGAGGGCCAGUUAUAUGAUUGUGUCUACAGGAGGAAGCAUGCAGAUGGAACUGAUGGAUGUCAUGGAAAACCCCUGGGAUAUCCUCCUGACGUCAAACUAAUGCCAGUGUGAAUAUAGAUGACCAUCUACACAUUUACACUGUUUACAUUAGCGGGCCUAAAUGUAAACCAUCUCUUCAAGGAUGACUUCAAAAAAAGGAUUAAAGUGGUGGUGAAUUAAUAUGUAAAAAGCUCUACCAUUCAUUUCUAGAAAAAAUAUUCUCUUGCCUUCUCUGUUGUGUUAAUUAUUAUACCUCUUUUAAUUGAUUGGUGCUAUUUAAAAAUAAGUAUUGAUCAUAUGAUUUCUGUAUUUGUGCAAAUGUUUGUACACAGCCAUGAUAUUGUAAAACAAUCAGAUUUUGUAAUCAGAAUCAAUGGCCCCUAAUUUUAUAGUACAAGGACAUGGGGUAUGCACAAAAAUAAGGCAUAAGAUUGCACCAUUAUGUAUUCUCUGUAUUGUAGUGAGCAUUGAUGGGGAGUGAUACAGACUUGGAGGGUGAGUUUGAAUAUACACUGUAUGUCCAAAAGUAUGGGAACAAAUUAGUAUUCAACAUCCCAUUCUAAAACCAUAGGCAUUAAUAUGGAGUUGUUCCCCCUUUGCAGCUUUCACUCUUCUGGGAAGGCUCUCCAUUAGAUUUUAGAGUGUGGCUGUGGGGAUUUGUGCUCAUUCAGCCACAAAAACACAUCCCAAAGGUGUUCAGUGGGGUUGAGGUCAGGGCUCUGUGCAGGCCACUUGGGUUCUUUUACACCAACCUUGGCAAGCCAUGUCUUUAUUGACCUCGCUUUGUGCACAGGAACAUUGUCAUGCUAGAACAUGUUUGGGCCCCUCAGUUCUACUGAAAGGAAAUCUUAAUGGUACACCAGAUGAAGACAUUCUAGACAGUUGUGUGCUUCCAAAUUUGUGGCAACAGUUUGGGGAAAAAACACAUAUUAUGGUUAUUAUGGUCAGGUGUCCACAUACUAUUGGCCAUAUAGUGUGUUAUUAAGAAGUGUGGUUUGGUGUGUU